AUGGCAUCCUCCCCAUUGCUUGCCCUUCCAGCAGAACUCCUGGACUGGAUCGCUGACCUGGUCGAAGUCGAGGAUCUGCUGGAUUUCGCCCUCGUCUGCAAACGACUUCACUAUCACUCAAGGGAUCGACUUGCGCUCCACGACCGGUACCAUGGCCUCUGCCGUGUCAACAAUGAUCGUGCGCCGUCAACCAUGCCAAUGCUGCUCCGGCUUGCAAUCAACGACCCGGAGGCAGCGUGGCAUGUACGUGAACUCGACUUCUGGGGCAAUCGAAAAACGUUCGUGGACUGGAAGCCCUUCGAUCGUCUUGAAAACGCCAUUGAAGAGGCUCUUGAAGGACCUCGGAGGGCAGGCAUACCGAAUAGUGCUCGCGAGAGGCCGCGAGAAGACCUCUCAGACCAGGACCAGACCUUUUGGAGCCUAGGAGAACUGGGCAAGUUCGAGGAGAUCAUGAAGACAUGUCUCAAGCUAUCUCCGGUUGCAACGGCCGCCUGGAUGACUGAGCUCAGACAAGGCUCCGAUCGGCCGCUCAAGGGCAUACUGAUAGCUCUUUUACCCCGGCUCAGACGGGUCAACUAUAUAUCAUGGACUUUCCCUUACAUGACCGGCAGCAAACCUUUGGCCUUCGUCGGUGAAGUAAUACAGCGUAUCCGCCAACUGUCACACGCCGCAUGGCCACCAGGCUUCACAUCUCUUCGAAGGAUAGACGUAGCCGAUCCAACCCCUCUGUUGCCAAUCGGAACGUGGGGUUCUUGUCCCCGGGAAUCUGUUGCACCGCUUUUUUCGCUCCCUAACCUGAAGACACUGAACCUUUCAAAUCUCGUUGGUGACUACGACAGCAUGGCAGAGGACGAGAUUCCGCUCGGUACGUCCAGCGUUGAAGAGCUUGGGUUGCAUGCCGGUGAGCUUCGGGGUAAGACGUUGGAGCAGUUCUUGAAAGCCCCUGCGCGGUUGAAGAAGCUCGUCUUAGACUAUGCACAGAUUCCACCUGGCAUACACGAAGCCAUCGUGGAGUCCCAUGCACAUGCCCUCAGAGAUAUCAAUGUCGAAAGCAUGCGACUUGAGCAUUUUAGGAAGUUAGAGAACCUGACUGGAUGCGUCUUGGAUGUCGAGCACGUCUUGGUCGUGGAACAUCGCGGUACGCAAACCGUAGCGAGCGUGAUGCCGUUUCGGGACUCAAAAGCAAGCAAGCUCAUCAAGAUCCUGGAUUUGCGCGACUUCCUACCUCCCAGUAUCAAGAAGCUCAGGCUGGAGAUGACACGCAACUGGAAGUUCGGGGAGAAAACAGCGGAGGCGGUCCUCAGCAUGGUUGCAGACUUCGUCGAGGAUCCUCGAUACUCUGCGUUGGAGGAGGUGUGCAUAUGGAAUUUCAUGGACGAAAUUGACCACUCCUCGACGAAGGCGCUGCCUCGACUCUUGAAGCGUGGCAUCGAGCUGCACCAUCAGCCCCUGCUGUUGCUUGGAGAGGAUGUGAUUGAAGAUCGAAAGCAUGAGAUGCUACACCCAGGCAUUACCGGUCUGGGAUGCAUCGAGACGGAGUCGCUGGGCAUACCAGACGUAUAUGUCUGUUGA